CAAGGUCGCACCAGCGCGCCGCCGGCUGCCGCCGCCGCAGCCCUGGAGAGGGAAAAAGGCGCCAACAAUAUAAAUAGGCGCGCGCCCGCCGCGGCCAGCUCCAGUCAUCUGCUCGCCUCCAGCCCACGCUCACUGUCGUUUUGUUUUCGCCGCGGACAUGUGCCGUGUUUCGCUUCUCGUCGCGUCAGCGUUCGCGCUGCUGGUGUUGGGGUCGGUUCUCGUCGAGGCCGCCCCGUGGUUCGACUGGGGUUUCACCGGCAACCGCUACCGCCCCUACUACCCGCCCAGAGGCAGCGGCGGCAGCGGCAACAGGGGCGGCGGCAGUGGCGGCCGGUCUGGACGCGACCGCUUCCGCUCCAUCUGCAGGACCAUCAGCGCCGACAAUUACGCCUUUCCGGGCAGGAUACCUUACCCUUCGGCGCCGCUCUGCCCGUACUAAAAAGACAUAGGCGCGAGCUACAGCGACAGGGGUCAGCUACCCCAACUGAUGUUCUCUUCGCGCGGAGAUGCCGUGUCGAUACAGCAAGAUUGUUCUGUGGCCGGCGUGUGGUUCUGUGUGUGUCUAUUAUAGUGUCUUGCUUAUUCAACAGCUGUAUCAGAAGUGUCAUCUGGCUGAUGGUGCUGUCUGAGGUUACUUACAACAGUGACAUCAAAGUGAAGAUUAUGUAUAAAGCCUCAAGCCAAAGAAAGUUUUUGACUUACAACAUAGGCUUAAAGAGAAAGUGUUCGUUCUGACAGAACUUUUUGUUUCGUAAGGAAUCUGCCACUAUAUACUAUGGGUUUUUAGUUACCCUGUGCCAAAUAUAUUCCACUACCUGUUCUCUUAAAAAUCUUCAUACUUUUAGCAAUCAGUGCCAGUAUGAAUUAACAUUGUAAGGUAAUUUUAUUCUAUACAGAGUCUCAUUUUAUUAUUAUUUCUUUUCCAUUUUUUGCUACUAUUUUUUUAAUUUUAUAUUGCUUAUUGUUAAUCACUGUUCAAGUGAUCACAGUGGUGCCAUAUUUUAUUUUAUAUUAUUUUGAGGUAACGCAAUUUCUGCUCAUCGUGGAUCAAAUACGAUCACAAUUACCAUCACAUUUUUUAAAUUUUAAUACAUGUGUGUAAUAAUUGUAAAUUAUUGCUGUUAUUAGAUAAAGACUGCCAAAAAUGACAAAAAUAAACAUUUUCUUAAAAAA